AUGCCUCUCGCACAUGGUUUCGCAUCAUCCACUGCCCAUGGAAUUCCCAAGCAAAGCAGACCCAUAACAGAAAUAUUCCGCCUCGUCCCCUUGGCCAUCCCCGGCUCCUCCCAUGGUACUUCCACCUACUCUGAUAGCAAGAUCAGUGUUCAAGAACCCACGAGUCCCAGCUGGAACUCACGUUUCCUCUGCGCAAUGAGUCCGUCUGAUGCUUCACCUCGCACCGGCCACCUCUCGCCCCCGACCCCUUCCUCCAUCACCGCCUACCCGACCAGACGCACCAUUAGUCCCGGCGUCUACAUUUGCAAGGGUGAGGGACACUCUGUCCGACACAGCUGGAUCGUUGGCGGUCGUCUCGUCGAGUUUCCCUUUCCCGAACUGCGCGACGAUCACGAACAACAACAUGGAGGACAACAACGACACCAACAACAACACCAGUACGCCGACGAGCAGCGCAGGAAACACCACAUGGAGGAAGGCACUCGGCCACCUAUAUCCAUUCCCGGCGCAGGGCAGAGGCGAAGACCCAGCGAGGCCAGCACCUCCAGUGCCUAUAGUACCAAUGGAAGGUCGUACUGA